AUGAAGGAUGAAGUCGGUGUAGCCAUUAACAAUGCUGUGUACGAGUGGUUCGUUGCGCAACGAUCAAAAAAGAUCCCGAUUUUCGGGCCAAUUCUACAGGAAUACGCGAAGAAAGUUGCGCUUGAAAUGGAUCGUGCUUCAAGUUUCAAAGCUAGUAACGGAUGGUUGGAACGUUUUCGGGCACGUCACAAUAUUCAAUUCAGGGUUAUUUCGGGUGAAGGAGCUUCUAUUAGUCCCAUAACCGUUGACGACUGGAAGGCGCGUUUACCAAAAAUUCUUGAAGGCUAUCACCCAGCGAACAUCUAUAACUGCGAUGAAACCGGUCUCUUUUUCAAGCUGAAACCAGAUCGUUCCCUCGUCCUCGACACGAACGAUUGCAAAGGUGGAAAGAAGGCAAAGGACCGAUAUACAAUCCUGUUGUGUGCAAACUGGGCUGGAAUGGAUAAAAUGAAACCUGUCGUUAUUGGCAAAGCAGCAAAACCUAGAUGUUUCAAAAAUAUGGACAUUACCAAGUUACCAGUGACGUGGUGCUACAAUAGGACGGCCUGGAUGAACGUGUACAUUUUUACGAAAUGGCUUGAAGAUGUGGACAUGACACUGCAGAAAGAAAAGAGAAAAAUUCUGCUAUUUUUGGACAAUGCACCAGUGCAUCCCCCCGACAUUCAACUGAAAAAUAUUACACUAAAAUUUUUCCCAGCAAACACAACAGCUCAGAUACAACUGUUAGAUCAGGGAGUGAUCAGGGCCUUUAAAGCUCACUAUCGCCGUCAUCUGAUUCAGCACAUAAUCGCCAAUGCAGCAACUGCUUAUUCAGCCGAUGAUGUCAUCAUUACAGCGUUAGAUGCGAUCUGCUGGAUAGAGUCAGCAUGGAAGUCGGUCACAGAAUCAACAAUUCGAAACACUUUCAGAAAGGCCGGCUUUGAGAUUCCAUCCGAUUCUUCAUGUUCGAGUUGUUCACUAGUAUCACCACCUGAAAAUAUAAUUGUUGAGAAGGAAUCAUUGGCAGAACUUGACAAAGUGCUGAAACACUUGACAAUAGGUGGACAUGCCAUGUCAGCAGACGAUUUUGUGAACUUCGACCAAGAUGUACCAGUUUUCAAUCAGUGGGACGAUGACAGUGAAAAGGUUCUUAGUAUAGAUGAACAUUCUCAUGAGGAUUCACAAUUCGAUGAAGAUAUUAUUUAUGAACAACAGCCUUCAUUAUCGGAAGCAUUGAAAAUUGUACGUCGGUUACACCUACUGUCAAUUAAACAGCAUCCAGAAUUACACCAAUUUGUGACACAAUUACAAUCUAAGUUAAUUGAUGUGUAUCUGCAGUCAGACACAUCGAAACAAAGAUCUAUUCUUGACUUUUUCAAAGCAGUUUGA